UUUUCUAUUUGGAUUUGCGUAUGUUCAGCGGUACAAACAAGUGCGUGUCCAGCGGGAACAUACUAAAGGGCCCUACUAUUGACUAUAGCCAGUCAAAACUUGCCACGUCAUGAACUAAACCGCACUCAUCAUUUCUUAUGGGCAACCAGAUUCCACCGCACCUUCGUGGUUCCAGUGAUUCCACAAUAUUAUAAGUCCCAGCCGUACAGUGAGUAACCCUGAGAUUUUUCAAGUCAAAUUCCAAUCCCUUGUCUUUCUUUUCUCUUCUUCGCUCUUUUCCUGUGACAUGGUACUAAUUAAGAGCUUAGACCUGACCUGGUUCAAGUGAGAUCCAGUGUAGAAUUCACUUUACCUCCCUUCUUCCGCCACCCGGUUAUUCCUAUUCCCGCUCGGACCUUUGACUUGAGAUUCAUUUCCUCCUCGGUCCAGUUAAAGGUUCCCCGUUCCAAUGAGCGCAACCAUGUCUUUUUCCCUACAGUUUGUUUAUUUUUUAUUUUUUUUUUAUAGGAACUGAAGAUGGCGCAAUCGGAGUAUGAUAUUAAUAAUCUCUUUCGAGAAGCUCAAGCUCGGUGGUUAAAGCCAGCGGAAGUGUUCUUUAUACUGCAAAACCAUGAGAAGUAUGAACUGACCCAGGAGCCUCCUCAAAAGCCAACAGGUGGCUCUUUGUUUCUUUUCAACAAGAGAGUUCUUCGUUUCUUUCGUAAAGAUGGUCAUAGUUGGCGUAAAAAGAAGGAUGGAAGGACUGUCGGCGAAGCCCAUGAAAGGCUUAAGGUGGGUAAUGUUGAAACUUUAAAUUGUUACUAUGCUCAUGGAGCGCAGAACCCCAAUUUUCAGAGGCGUAGCUAUUGGAUGCUGGAGCCGGCAUAUGAGCAUAUUGUUCUCGUUCAUUAUAGGGAGAUAAAUGAGGCUAAGCCCAGUUCUGCAUCCAUUGUGCAGUCACCGGUAUCCUCUUCUGGUUUUAGUUUAAGUCCAAACUCUUAUACUUCUCAAAAUCCUGGAUCCAACUCUCUAGCUAGCGAUGUGCAUGAACCGUAUCAGAAUUCAUCUAGUCCUGGGUCUGUUGAAGUUAGUUCUGAUAUAGUCAUUAAGAACAAUGGAAUAGAUAAUGCAGUAGAGUAUGCCAGUUCAGCUGAUCUUCAAGUUAGUGAGGCUUUAAAGAGGCUUGAGGAGCAGUUAAGUUUGAACGAGGACAGCUUCAAAGAAAUGAGUCCAUUGUGCUGCCUGGAUGGAGAUACAAAUGAUUCAAGAUUUCUGGAAUAUGGAAGAGAGAUCACCAAGCAGGAAUUACAAGCAGGUCUACUGUACGAACCAAAUGAUAUUGUUCAAGAUCACCUUUAUUCUCAACAUCCUAGGGUGGAAAAUUAUUCAAAUAGUUUUGGGCUGCUUCCGGAUGGAGGUAAAAAUGGACAAAAUAGUCAAGUAUAUGUCAGUGAUAGUUCAGAUGGAAGCAAGGAAUCUCUGUAUUGGAAAAAUGUAUUUGACUCAUGCAAGACUCAAUCAGGAGUUGACUCCCAGGGAAAGCCACUAACUUCUUCAAGAACUGGACCAGCUUCACAACAGGAACAGAGUCGUUGGCUGAAUAUUAAUGGAUCCAACAUUGGAGACUCUUCUGUACUGCUACAUCAAGAAGUUGAAAAUGAUAUAAUUCCUUCCUAUUCUUCUGCAAUAGAAGGUGUUGACACCAAUUCUGAUUAUUAUGCAAUGUUGUUCAACCAAGAUGGAAUAGGAGUUCCUCUCGCAGCAGAUUCAAGCUUGACUGUUGCACAGAAACAGAAGUUCACAAUUGCGGAAGUUUCUCCAGAAUGGGGUUACUCCAGUGAGGCCACAAAGGUCAUCAUUGUUGGAUCUUUUCUGUGUGAUCCAUUAGAAUCUGCCUGGGCAUGUAUGUUUGGGGAGACUGAAGUUCCUCUUGAGAUCAUUCAGGAAGGCGUUAUCUGUUGUAGAGCUCCUCCUCACCUUCCUGGGAAGGUCACACUCUGCAUCACUAGUGGCAAUCGUGAAUCCUGCAGUGAAGUCAGAGAAUUUGAGUAUAUAGCUAAUACUAAUAGUUGUGCUCAGUGUAAUUUGUCCCACAAAGAAGCUAAUAGAAGUCCUGAAGAGCUAUUGUUACUGGUCAGAUUUGUGCAGUUGCUUCUGUCAGACUCCUUGCAGAAAGAUAGCAUAGAGUCAGGAAUAUAUCUUCGGAGUAAGUUCAAAGCUGAUGAUGAUUCAUGGAGUCAUGUCAUAGAGGCUCUUUUAGUUGGCAGUGGGACUUCAUCUGGUACCGUUGAUUGGCUUCUGGAAGAGCUUUUAAAGGACAAAUUGCAGCAAUGGUUAUGUUCUAGAUCCAAGGGGGCAGUUGAUCAGUCAGGCUGCACUAUGUCCAAGAAAGAGCAAGGAAUAAUACACAUGGCUGCUGGAUUGGGCUUUGAGUGGGCCUUAACUCCGAUUCUAAACCAUGGAGUCGGUAUAAAUUUCCGAGACAUUAAUGGGUGGACUGCUCUUCACUGGGCUGCACGUUUUGGAAGAGAAAAAAUGGUUGCUGCACUUAUAGCUUCUGGUGCUUCAGCUGGUGCAGUGACAGAUCCAACCUCACAAGAUCCAAGUGGCAAAACCGCAGCAUUUAUUGCUGCCUCCAGUGGCAAUAAGGGACUUGCUGGUUAUCUUUCUGAGUUAGCUCUUACUAGCCAUCUUUCAUCCCUUACACUGGAAGAAAGUGAGCUUUCCAAAGGCUCAGCUGCAGUUCAGGCCGAAAUGGCUGUGACUAGUGUCUCAAAGGGGAGCCUUGCCACCGGUGAGGAUCAGCUUUCACUUAAAGAUACCUUGGCUGCUGUCCGGAAUGCAGCUCAGGCUGCUGCACGUAUACAAAAUGCUUUCCGUGCACAUUCUUUCAGGAAACGACAACAGAAAGAAGCUGUUGCUACUGCAGCAAGUGUAGAUGAGUAUGGUAUCAGUUCAGACGAAAUUCAAGGUCUUUCUACCCUGUCAAAGCUAGCUUUUGGAAAUGCUCGUGAUUACAAUUCAGCAGCUUUAUCUAUUCAGAAGAAAUUUCGAGGCUGGAAGGGUCGCAAAGAUUUUCUGGCACUUCGCCAGAAAGUUGUGAAGAUACAGGCCCAUGUGAGAGGUUACCAGGUCAGGAAAAAUUACAAGGUAAUCUGUUGGGCUGUUGGUGUUCUAGAUAAGGUUGUACUUCGUUGGCGACGGAAAGGAGUUGGCUUGCGAGGUUUUCGCAGUGAGCCAGAGUCCAUUGAUGAAAGCGAUGAUGAAGACAUUCUCAAAGUGUUCCGCAAGCAGAAAGUGGAUGUAGCUGUUGAUGAGGCUGUUUCACGUGUGCUGUCUAUGGUUGAUUCUCCAGAUGCACGUCAACAAUAUCGCCGGAUGCUUGAAAGAUAUCGCCAAGCUAAGGCUGACCUUGUUAACACAAAUGAACCAGCAGCAUCAACUUCUAUAGGUGAUACUUAUGAUAUGGAAAGUGAUGAAUCUUUCCAAUUUCCAUAGGUGCAGCUUCUGAUCAGCCUAACGUACCUUCCUCCUCUUGGACCUCAUGUGAUAGUUUACAGGAUUUGUUGUAUAAUAGCCUGCAUUUCACUAUAGUUGUAACUUAGAUUGAUUUGCCCAUGUUCCUUGCAGUUGUGCUGUAUAUGCUUCUUGUAAUUAGUAAAUUACUGUAAAUGAUUUAUGAUGGGGUUGAUUGUGCUUGUGACCUAGAAUUCCCACAAAAAAUGGGCCAUAAGUUCUUCCUUUUUCCCA